UGUUGAGCGUAUGCAUCACAUAUACACGUUUAAGUGUAUGAUUCAUCACAUUAUUGGAAUGUGAGGAAGUAUAGAAAAAUAUGUAUGUCAUAGAGUUGAUUAAGAGAAUAGAGAUACGUAUCCCCUUUGUGAUGCGUCACCGGGUAUAUGGGGCAGUGCUUCGAUACGCCGGUACAACCUGCACUGCACUAACCUUGGUUUGACAUCGCGGAGUGUGCGUGCCAGUGGAAAGGUAAGAUGGCGGCGGACGGAGAUGUGAUUCCUGAUCAAGAAAAAGUACGAAUAGUUUCGGAUUUUAUACUGCACUCACCACCAGGCGAAUUCAACGAGGUUUUUAAUGAUGUGAGAGUCUUGUUAAACAACGACAACCUGUUGAAGGAGGGUGCGUCUGGAGCAUUUGCUCAAUACAACAAGGAUCAGCUCACGCCUGUUAAGAUUGAAGGUAGCGAAUAUCCUGCUCUCAUAACAGAACAUAAUGAUCUAGGUGGGCAAAGGUUUUAUGAUGCUCGUAGUAAGCAAAGUUUUAAAUAUGACCAUCUUAGAAAAGAAGCACAGGAUUAUGAACCAUAUGAACCAGAUUCUGUGGCUGAACCUUGGAGAUCAGCUCUUCAAGAUGAAAUAACAACUUAUACUCAAAGUCAUUAUAGACAUGGUGCAUGUUCAGUCUUUGGAAAGAGUCAAGGAGGUAACAUUACCUUAACGGCUUGCAUAGAAGAUCAUCAGUUUCAACCUAAAAAUUUUUGGAAUGGCCGUUGGCGUUCUGUAUGGACUGUAAGUUUUAGUCCAAGUUCUGGAAAUGCAGAAUUAAGAGGUAGUCUUAAAGUACAAGUUCAUUACUAUGAAGAUGGAAAUGUACAACUGGUCAGUAGCAAAGAAGUAAAAGAAAGCUUACCAAUCUCAAGUGAAAAACAAACAGCAAAGGAAUUAAUACGGCUUGUUGAGGAAUCAGAAAAUGACUAUCAAACUGCUAUAUCGGAAAAUUAUCAAACAAUGUCUGACACAACCUUUAAGGCCUUACGAAGGCAAUUACCUGUUAUGCGAACGAAAAUUGACUGGAACAAAAUUGUAUCGUACAGUAUUGGCAAAGAGCUUAAAAGUCAAUAGAAAUAGAUUUUUUAUAUAAUAUUAAGAGAAAUAAUUAAAAAGCGCAUUUUGCUGCAUGGGUGAAGUCUGGAGGUGUGAUGUGCAUGGGAGCAAAUAUAAUGAUGCUAUAUAAAGUUUGGUUAAACAUGUUUUGACUGAAACUCAUGCAUGCCACUCAAGGUUCCUCUGGACCCCUUAAUGUAUCUUGUUACCAACAAAAAUAAUAAAAAGGAACGUCAUUGUA